AUGUCGCUAUCUCCAUUAUUCUCCCCCCUAAGGGUUGGCCGUAUGACGCUCCAGCAGCGUAUCGCUAUGGCGCCAAUGACUCGCCUACGCGCCGAUGUCAAUCACACACCUCUAUCAUCUGUCAAAGAAUACUACCAGCAGCGCGCCGUCGUGUCGGGUACACUUCUAAUCACCGAAGCUACCGUGAUCAGCCCUCGACACGGUGGAUAUCCAAAUGUCCCAGGAAUAUAUACAGAUGAACAUAUCGCUGCCUGGAAGGAAGUAACAAAAGCUGUACAUGACAGAGGCUCAUACAUCUUUCUUCAACUGUGGGCUCUCGGCCGUGCGGCAAACCCCAGCUUUCUCGAGCAGCAAGGCCUCAAGCUCCUCUCCAGCAGUGAUGUUCCCAUGAAGAGCACCUUCAGUGAUGAAAUGCACCACCCCACCCCCCUCACUGAGAAUGGAAUCCAAGAUGUCAUCACAGACUUUGCUGCCGCCGCUAAGCAUGCAAUGAAGGCCGGCUUUGACGGCGUGGAGAUCCACGGCGCAAACGGAUACCUCGUCGACCAAUUUAUUCAAGAUGUCUCAAACAAGCGUGUUGAUACCUGGGGCGGCGACAUUGAGAAGCGUUCCAAGUUCGCAAUUGAAGUAACUAAAGCAGUUGUGGAAGCUGUCGGGCCCGAUCGCACGGCAAUCCGACUGAGCCCCUGGAGCCGCUAUCAAGAUAUGCGCAUGGAGGAUCCCAUUCCGCAGUUCACGGACAUCGUUAAGAAACUGGCACAAUUCAAGUUGGCUUACUUGCAUCUUUGCGAGGCGGAUAAUGUCGAGACUGACGGUCAUUUGGGCUGGCUUAUUGACGCCUAUCAGAAUGCGGGUCCAGUCAUCGUUGCUGGAAAUUACAACGGUGAGACUGCCGUGAAGGCGCUGGAGGAGCAAUAUAAGCGUCAUGAUGUUGCUGUUGCCUUCGGUCGGCCGUUCAUUGGGAACCCAGAUCUUGCUUUCCGUAUCAAGGAGCGGAUCCCUUUUGCGCCCUUUGAUCCCAAGACCAUGUAUGCACAAACUACGGAGGGGUACACGGAUUAUCAGUACAGUCCAGAGUUUCAGACCGUGACUCCAUCGGCAUAG